CCAGACUCCAAGUAGGACCGGCUGACGCGCUGCCUCGCGAAGCUGAUGGAGACUCAAGCUCUGGAACCAGGGACUCAGGAAGCCUUUGGUGCCACCAGCCCUAACAAGGGGGCCCUGUCUAAGACCAAAAAGAACUUCAAAGACUUGAUGUCUAAGGUGACGGAGGGACAGUUUGUGCUAUGCCGGUGGACAGACGGACUAUACUACCUCGGCAAGAUCAAGCGGGUCAGCAGUCCUAAGCAAAGCUGCCUUGUAACUUUUGAAGAUAAUUCCAAAUACUGGGUCCUGUGGAAGGACAUCCAGCAUGCUGGUGUUCCAGGAGAGGAGCCUAAGUGUGACAUCUGCAUGGGGAAGACUUCAGGGCCAAUGAAUGAGAUCCUCAUCUGUGGGAAGUGUGGCCUGGGUUACCACCAACAGUGCCACAUCCCCAUCGCAGUAGAUGCCAACUGGCCCCUCCUCACUCAUUGGUUCUGCCGACGCUGCAUUUUCGCACUGGCUGUGAGGAAAGGCGGCGCGCUGAAGAAAGGCGCCAUCGCCAAGACGCUGCAGGCAGUGAAAAUGGUGCUGUCCUACCAGCCGGAGGAGCUCGACUGGGACUCGCCCCAUCGCACCAACCAGCAGCAAUGCUACUGCUACUGCGGCGGGCCUGGAGAGUGGUACCUACGGAUGCUGCAGUGCUACCGGUGUAGGCAGUGGUUUCAUGAAGCUUGCACACAGUGCCUCAGUGAGCCUAUGGUGUUUGGAGAUCGCUUCUACCUGUUCUUCUGCUCCGUGUGUAACCAAGGCCCAGAGUAUAUCGAGAGGCUGCCCCUGCGAUGGGUGGACAUAGUUCACCUGGCCCUCUAUAACCUGGGAGUACAGAGCAAGAAGAGGUACUUUGACUUUGAGGAGAUCCUGGCCUUUGUCAACCAACACUGGGAGCUCCUGCAGCUUGGCAAGCUCACCAGCACCCCUGUGACAGAACGAGGGCCGCACCUUCUCAACGCUCUCAACAGUUACAAAAGCCGGUUCCUGUGUGGCAAGGAGAUUAAGAAGAAGAAAUGCAUCUUCCGACUGCGCAUCCGUGUCCCACCCGCCCCUCCAGGAAAACUGCUUCCCGACAGGGCGCUGAUGCCAAGUGACAAAGGGACCUCUGAGCUGCUUCGUAAGAAAGGAAAGAGCAAGCCUGGUUUGUUGCCUCAGGAAUCCCAGCAGCAGAAAAGGCGAGUUUAUAGAAGAAAAAGAUCAAAGUUUUUGCUGGAAGAUGCUAUUCCCAGUAGUGACUUCACCUCAGCCUGGAGCACAGACCACCACCUGGCCAGUAUAUUCGAUUUCACACUGGAUGAAAUUCAGAGUUUAAAAAGUGGCAGCUCAGGCCAGACCUUCUUCUCAGAUGUGGAUUCCACUGAUGCUGCCAGCACCUCCGGCUCUGCCUCCACCAGCCUCUCCUACGACUCCAGAUGGACAGUAGGCAGCCGCAAGAGGAAGCUGGCAGCCAAAGCGUACAGGCCCCUGAGGGCAAAGCAUCGGGCGGCUGAGCUGGAAGGGCGCUGUGCCUCAGACAGCAGUGCAGAGGGAGCUCCGGUCCCUGAGCAGCAGGAUGAAGGCAUCGACAGCCACACACUUGAAAGCAUCAGUGGAGAUGAUUCCUCCCUGUCCCACCUCAAGUCAUCGAUCACCAACUACUUUGGUGCAGCUGGGCGGUUGGCCUGCGGGGAAAAGUUUCAGGUGUUGGCGCGGAGGGUCACUCCAGAAGGCAAGGUUCAGUACCUGUUGGAAUGGGAGGGGACCACCCCUUACUAAUUACCCCUCAGAGGCUGCCCAGAUCCAUGCAAACCAAAGGAGGGACAGAAGAAGCCACCAGGUCCCUGUUUUCUCCAGGCUUGGAGUGGUGGAGGGAAACAGGACAUCCUGGCUGCAGCCCCUGCCUGCUGCCUGCCAGGCCGAGGCCUGUGUGCUGCUGUACCAAUUGCCCGAGUCUCAGACCCCAACUGGCUUUCUCUCUCUCUCAUUGUCAAUACUACACUCCAUACCCCUCAAACUUUUUAUUGGUUCCUCUCACAGUACCCUGGCUGUGACCCCUGAUCUGAGGCCUGAAUCUGUUUUUCAUUGUCCUCAAUUAUCCAUCUUCUGACCUCUCACCCCUUUCAGGUGUUUUGUGUGGACACACAUCUUCCAUGCACAUACGCUCAUCUGUCUCUCACUGGGCAUCUUUUAUUGGGCCCUCACUGGGAGGGACCAUAGUGAGGGAAGGGAACCCUGGGGGUCUUCUUCUUUCUCGUU